AUGGCAAAAAGGGUUGGCAAACAAGAUGAGGUAGCUUAUACUAGUUCAAAUCCACCAAUCUUGACCAGAGAAGACAUCGAAUGGUUAAAAAAAUCCAUACCAGGAAAAACCUACAAUAGACUCACUCUCUUGUCAUCAGUAAUGCCAAACUAAAAAACACCACAGGAAGUUUAUGCUUCAUUCUAAAACAGUUCUGAUGUCUUUGUCAUCUACAAGUCUCGCUACUCCAAGAUAGUGGGAGCCUAUUUCUAAGAAGUUUUUAAGAGACCUGACUAAAAUCAUGCUGGAAACGACCGUUCUAUCUACACUUCUGCAUCUGUGUUAGGUGUCACAGAUCAAAUUACUAUAGGAUAGAAUGGUACAGCGUAUCAGAGUGAUGAACUUCUUAAUACAGCGGUCUUCAUGGAAGGAGCUAGCUUUCACUUUAAUUUAGAUUGUAUAGAUCCAUAAAAACUUCCUUAAAUUGAAGGUAUAGAUGCUGGCAAUUAAGAUUAUUUUAGAGUUGUGGCUCCAGGUUAUUCUGCAAAGAUUCUAACUGGAAGUCCCACUUGGACAAAAAAUGAUUAAGUAGACCUUGCUUGUGUUCAAAUGGAAUUUUAUCACGGAGAAUUAUGA